AUGGUCUGGAAUUUGACUCACAAUGUACUUUUUCACGGCACUGUGGCAACUGGCGUUGAUGAGUGCAUCGCGGCAUAUGUGCAACUGAUGAAAAAGAUCGAGAAACCUUCCAAACGGAACCUUGUUACAAGCCCCUUUUCAAUGAUCAGGCUGAGCGUGGCUGUCGGGUAUUUGUCUGCAGCAUCACACAGGAAACCAAGGAAAUUAUGCACCUUUGCAGCUACCAGGUGCCUGGCAAAGAUGAGAUUCCUGCCACCAUCUGUCAGUCAGGCUGCUCAUGCAACAUCAGCCGCUACAACCUUCUUCAAGCCUGUAUCUAUUGGAGCACGCAGAUUCGCAGACGGCGUGCUAGGGGCCAACAAUCCUGCGGAUGAGGUGGAGCGUGAAGCAUAUGGUGAUUGA